AUGGCAUUCGAAGUUAUUUCAUUAAUUUAUUUUGGUAAUGGGAGUGGUUUAUCAAAAAAUAUACAAUUAUCAUUUCAAUCAAUAUUGGCAUUAUGGCACUUGAUAUUAUUUAUUACAAGUUUGUUUUUAUUAAGAGAUAAAGCAAAGUACACAAAGUUGGGUAGAAUAGUGUUUAUAAUAAUUUUUAUACAUUCAUUAGCAAAAACAUUUUCAAAUUUAUUAUUUAUUAUAUGUUUAGAAAAACCUUCAAAUUUUAUAGUUAUAACAUUCGAUAUAACAGAGUUAGUUUCAAUUAUAACAUAUUAUUGCAUGUACGAUAUUGUAUUAUUUUCAUGGGUCGAAGUUAUAUUUAGAGUUCAACAUUUGGGAUAUGGUGAACGUAAAGUAAGAAUUUGGAGAACGGUAUUUUGCUUGUUCACAGCAGCAUUCAUUUUAUCAAUAUUUAUAAUCAGUAGUUUCUUUGUUUCCAAAGAUCCUGAUACAGCGGAAUAUGUUUUUGGUUAUGGUUUAAUUUCAAUCUCUACAUUUUCGUUUGGUUUAUCUAUUGCUUUUUUAAUUUAUUGGAUAAAACUACAUCGUAUGGUAACAUCGAUACCAAAGAAUUUCGGCACAAAUAGAAAUCAUUUUUUAGGAAAAUCAAGUAUUUGGGAUCUUUAUGCAUUAAAUUAUUUACCAGAAGCAAUUGCAGUAACUGCAGCAUUAAUAUUCUUUAUGUCAGGUUCAAAGAAUCCAGCCAAUGAAGAGAAUAAUAAAACUGAAACUGAAAAAGCAAAUAAAAAGAGAAGAGAAAAACAAUCACUUUUAAAUAAUUCAAAUUCAAAUACUGAAACUACUUUAAGCAGUACAAUUAGUUAUGAUCAAUCAUUUUCUUUAAAUAUUUAA